AUGUUCAAAACUUCAAAAUCUUGCGGUCCAAGCCCAACGAAGCUCAACGAAUCAAAUGUUUUAACUUACAACCAUGGCUUUCUUCAACAAAAUGGGCAACAUGUGAUACGAUGCAUGUCAUCGUCAAAACUAUUUGUGGGAGGCCUGUCUUAUGCCACAGAUGAAACGAGCUUGAGAGAAGCUUUUAGUGCAUAUGGGAAUGUCCAAGAAGCUAGGGUUAUUGUGGAUCGUGAAACUGGUCGAUCUAGGGGUUUUGGCUUUAUUACUUUCACUGAUACUGAGGCUGCUUCUGCUGCAAUUCAGGCAUUGGAUCAAAGGGAGUUGCAUGGCCGAGUGGUUAAAGUGAAUUAUGCAAAUGAUAGGCCACAAGUGGGUGGUGGUGGUGGUUACCGAGGUGGAGGCUUUGGUGGUGGUUAUGGUGGAGGUGGUUAUGGUGGUGGGGCCUAUGGUGGUUUUGGCGUUGAUGGUCAGAACAUUGGUGUUGCAGGUGGUGUGGGUGGCGGUGAUGGUUUUAACAGUGGUGGUUAUGGUGGAAAUAGUUAUGGUAGUGGCGGCUAUGGUGGUAAUGCUGGUGGCUAUUAUGAUGGAGACAGCAAUGUCAGCAGUGGUGAUGGUGGCAGAUGCUAA